UUCCUGAUUGUCACUCUCUUAUCGGCGGUGAAACGGUAUCUUUGUAAACAAUACUCGCACACUUUGAUUUCCUGUCUAUAUAAAAUCAAUAAAAUCGAGAAAAAAACGUUCAUCUCUCUGCUGUAAUACUAAGAGGUCUGAAUUAAAAACAUGCAGAAGACAUUGAUAGCAUUUCUUUUUGUGACAGCAUGCUUGUGCUGUAUUCAGUGGAAUGUGGAAGGGACCAGCAUGCCUAGGUGCCCUGAAAAGUGCGAUGAUUUCAAAUGUUCGCCUACCAACGAUUGCCAAUGUGGCACUUAUAAAGGAUGGUGUGGCUGCUGUUCAUACUGCUACAAGUGUCCUGGAGAAGCUUGUCUCCCUCUAGCCUUAGACCGCUGCGCUCCAGGCACAAGAUGCAUCAAAGGCCCGGAUGUGCCUGGAAUGCUGCGCAUCAAUUUGCCCGGAAUCUGCCAGAUGCCUUAAGAAAUAUCCUUCAAAGAAAAAGAAUUCCAAAUUUAUUUUUUAAAAAAUAGUGACUAUGGAAAUGAAGAUAAACUUUGGUCAAGUGUUUCAAAUAGCAAAUUUUGAUUUUCUGAUUUCAUCUAAAAGCUUAACCUAAUUCCGAAAAGCAAAUCUUAAAAUCCAUAUUCCAUUCUCCCAUGAUCAUUUUGUUAAAUAUAUUGUACUGUCUUAAUUUCACUGUAAUUAAAACAAUAAUUGCUAUAAUGUAGAAUAUUUAAUAAAACCUUAUUGCUAUA